CUGUGAAUCAGUCAGUUAUAUCAGCAGCAGCAGGGUUUGUGUUUUAUUACAGACAGGGGGGACAGCUCUACAGCUACAAGGUUAAUAAUAACAGAGCCUGUGUAGAGCUGUGUGAACAGACACACUUCAGCCUCGCGAUACUAUUGUAUUAAUGCCGGAGAGUCAUCGCUAAUGAAUCUGACAGAUAUAUAAGACAGACAGACACAGACUGUGAAACACUGUUUUUACCUUAAAGCUGUGAGGUGUGACUGUUGACCCCUGAUGUUUUUGCGGAGAGUGACCCAUUGGGCGAAGACCUUUCACCUGUGUGCUGGGGUCAGACUUACCUAUAGGGUACCUAAUAUGACCCGACCAAGCUCAGAUUUGACACAGUUCCGGAAGGAUUUUGCUAAGGCCAAGCACAUAGCAAUAAUCACUGGAGCUGGAGUGAGUGCAGAGAGUGGUGUGCCAACAUUUCGAGGUGCAGGGGGGUACUGGAGAAAAUGGCAGGCUCAGGAUUUGGCCACUCCUGGUGCGUUCUCACGAGAUCCUUCUCUGGUGUGGGAGUUUUAUCAUUACAGGCGAGAGGUAAUGAGUAGUAAAGAGCCGAAUGCAGCCCACAUGGCUAUAGCUGAGUGUGAAGCAAGGCUCAGCCAGCAGGGGCGAUCAGUAGUCGUCAUCACUCAGAACAUCGAUGAGUUGCAUUAUCGCGCUGGCUCCAGAAACAUACUGGAGCUCCAUGGUAGUCUGUUUAAAACUCGCUGCAUGAGCUGUGGUGAAGUGAAGGCCAACCACACAAGCCCUAUAUGUCCUGCUCUGGAGGGCAAAGGAGCACCUGACCCUGAAGCCAAGGAAGCUAGAAUUCCAGUGAAUGAUCUUCCCAGAUGCGAGAGGCGUGGCUGCCAUGGUCUUUUGAGGCCUUAUGUGGUGUGGUUUGGGGAGGCACUUGAUUCUGACAUUUUGAGCAGCGUUGAAGAGGAGCUGGAGAAGUGUGACCUCUGCUUAGUGGUGGGUACCUCCUCCAUAGUUUACCCAGCAGCCAUGUUUGCUCCUCAGGUGGCAGCUAGGGGAGUGCCUGUGGCCGAAUUUAACACAGAAAGCACACCUGCCACCAUGCGCUUUAUGUAUCAUUUUGAGGGUCCUUGUGGCACCAUACUGCCCCCUGCACUGGCGCGUCAUGAGAGUGAACCAAUCUGAAAACCCACACACCUGCCCUGCAUGGAGCACUUUAAACAGAGAGGGCACAGGUCCACUCUCUGCUGAUGCUUGUGUUCUUUUAAAAGCUGACCUUGUGUUCUUACUGAUGUGAAGGCAAAACUGAAAUAUUUGGACAAAAAUAAACCUCCCAUUUGCCUUUGCCUUUGA